CAUACCAAGUUCUGCGACAACCACGUCAGUACCACCAAAUAUGGCGUCCUCUCCUUUCUUCCCCGCUUCAUGUACGAGCAGAUCAGGAGGGCCGCCAACGCCUUCUUCCUUUUCAUCACACUCAUGCAGCAAAUCCCUGACGUCUCUCCGACCGGCCGCUACACUACGCUGGUGCCGCUUAUCUUCAUCCUCACCGUGGCCGGCAUCAAGGAGAUCAUCGAGGACUACAAACGACAUAAAGCGGACAACACAGUCAACAAGAAGAAGACCACAGUGUUGCGUAACGGAGCCUGGCAGACCAUCAUCUGGAAGCAGGUGGCAGUAGGAGACAUAGUGAAGGUGACCAAUGGCCAGCACCUUCCGGCUGACAUGGUGAUUGUGUCGUCCAGUGAACCUCAGGCCAUGUGCUACACGGAGACCUCCAACCUCGAUGGGGAAACCAACCUGAAGAUUCGACAGGGUCUCUCGCUCACGGCAGGCAUCCAGACCCUUGAGGACCUGAUGUCCUUAUCCGGCGUCUUGGAAUGCGAAGGUCCCAACAGACAUUUGUACGAUUUCACCGGCACGCUGCGGCUGGAAAACCAAAAAGCUGCUCCUCUGGGCCCAGACCAGGUCCUGCUGCGUGGCGCUCAGAUCCGGAACACUCAGUGGGUGGUGGGAAUCGUGGUCUACACCGGCCAUGACUCCAAACUCAUGCAGAACUCCACCAAGGCGCCCUUGAAGCGCUCCAACGUUGAGCGGGUGACCAACAUGCAGAUCCUGGUGCUUUUCGGCAUCCUGUUGGUCAUGGCCUUGGUCAGCUCGGUGGGAGCCGCCAUCUGGAACAGGCAGUACACCGAGGAAGCUUGCUGGUAUCUGUCCCGACAGGGUGACAUCUCUACUAACUUUGCAUACAACCUGCUGACCUUCAUCAUCCUGUACAACAACCUGAUCCCCAUCAGCCUGCUGGUCACGCUGGAGGUGGUCAAGUUCACCCAGGCCCUCUUCAUCAACUGGGAUGUGGAGAUGUACUACGCUGAGACGGACACGCCAGCGAUGGCUCGAACGUCCAACCUGAAUGAGGAGCUGGGCCAGGUGAAGUAUUUGUUUUCGGACAAGACAGGAACGCUCACCUGCAACGUCAUGCACUUUAAGAAGUGCACCAUCGCAGGAAUCACUUAUGGCCACUUCCCUGAUCUCGACUGCGAUCGUUCAAUGGAGGACUUCAGCAAUCUGCCGUCCAGCAGCAACAACUCCACCGAGUUUGACGAUCCGGCUCUCAUCCAGAACAUCGAAAAUGGCCACUUGACGUCCCCUCAGAUACGUGAGUUCUUGACCAUGAUGGCCGUUUGCCACACGGUGGUGCCGGAGCGCGAAAACGACCAGAUCAUUUACCAGGCCUCCUCGCCUGACGAGGGCGCUCUGGUCAAGGGGGCCAAAGGUCUCGGCUUCGUCUUCACAGCCCGGACGCCGGAUUCGGUCAUCAUCGAUGCCAGAGGAAAGGAGAUGACCUACCAGUUGCUGAAUGUGUUGGAGUUUUCCAGUAACCGCAAGCGCAUGUCUGCGGUGGUGAGGACCCCGAACGGGAGGCUGCGGCUCUACUGCAAAGGAGCGGAUAAUGUGAUAUUUGAACGUCUGAAUGAGGACUCUCAGUACAAAGAGUUGACCAUCGCUCACCUGGAGCAGUUUGCCACGGAAGGCCUGAGGACUUUGUGUUUCGCCUACGUGGACCUGCGAGAGGACGCCUACCAGGAGUGGCUGAAGGAAUACAACCGCGUCAGCACCGUGCUCAAGGACCGAGCGCAAAAACUGGAGGAGUGCUACGAGCUACUGGAAAAGAACCUCCUUCUGCUGGGCGCUACCGCCAUAGAGGAUCGCCUCCAGGCCGGCGUCCCCGAAACCAUCGCCACACUGAUGCGGGCAGACAUCAAGAUCUGGGUUCUGACCGGAGACAAGCAAGAGACAGCCAUCAACAUCGGCUACUCGUGCCGCUUGGUGACGCACGGCAUGUCCCUCAUCAUCGUCAACGAGGACUCCCUGGACGCCACCCGCUCCACCCUGACCGCCCACUGCUCCUCCCUGGGCGACUCGUUACGGAAGGAGAACGAGCUGGCGCUGAUCAUCGACGGCCAGACCCUCAAGUACGCGCUGUCCUUCGAGCUGCGCCAGGCCUUCCUGGACCUGGCCCUGUCGUGCAAGGCAGUCAUCUGCUGCCGAGUGUCGCCGCUGCAGAAGUCUGAAAUCGUGGACAUGGUGAAGAAGCACGUGAAGGCCAUCACGCUGGCCAUCGGCGACGGCGCCAACGACGUGGGCAUGAUCCAGACGGCGCACGUGGGCGUGGGCAUCAGCGGCAACGAGGGCAUGCAGGCCACCAACUCCUCCGACUACUCCAUCGCGCAGUUCUCAUACCUGGAGAAACUGCUGCUGGUGCACGGCGCGUGGAGCUACAACCGUGUCACCAAGUGCAUCCUCUACUGCUUUUACAAGAACGUAGUGCUCUACAUCAUCGAGCUGUGGUUUGCCUUUGUCAACGGCUUCUCAGGACAGAUCCUCUUUGAGCGCUGGUGCAUUGGCCUCUACAAUGUGAUAUUCACGGCCCUGCCUCCGUUCACUUUGGGCAUCUUCGACCGGCCGUGCAGCCAACAGAACAUGCUGCGCUUCCCUCAACUCUACCGGAUCACCCAGAAUGCCGAGGGCUUCAACACCAAGGUGUUUUGGGGUCACUGUAUCAACGCACUGAUUCACUCGAUUAUUCUCUUUUGGUUUCCUCUCAAGAUGUUGGAGCAUGACUCGCCCUUCAAAAACGGUCAGGGCAACGACUACCUUUUUGUUGGAAACAUGGUCUAUACGUAUGUCGUCGUCACAGUGUGUCUGAAAGCUGGAAUGGAGACCACCGCUUGGACCCGGUUCUCCCACCUGGCCGUGUGGGGAAGCAUGCUCCUGUGGCUGGUCUUCUUCGGGGUCUACUCGUCCAUCUGGCCCACCUUCCCCAUGGCACCUGACAUGCUGGGCCAGGCUGGCAGCGUGAUGCAGUGCUGGUACUUCUGGUUGGGUCUGCUGCUGGUGCCCACCGUAUGUUUACUCAAGGACUUUGUCUGGGCGGCGACACGUCGCUCGGUGAGGAAGUCGCUGCUGGAGGAGGUGCAGGAGCUGGAAGCGCGCGCCGUGGACCCUGGCGCGGCGGUUCUGAGGGACGCCAGCGGACGCAGUCUAAACGAACGUGCCCAUCUGCUGACAAGAGUCUUUAGGAAGACGCCCUCCAGCAUCGGACGCUCCAACUCGCUGCAACAGCCCGUCACGCACGGCUACGCCUUCUCUCAGGAGGAGCACGGCGCGGUGUCCCAAUCGCAGGUGGUGCGCUCGUUUCUUCGCCUUUUACCUGGUUUUUAA